UGCAUGAUGUAUGUAUGCGUGUGUAUGUAAGUAUGUACGUAUUUGUAUAUAUUGCUGGAGAGAAGUUGCAGGGCGGCGCUGCCCCUUUAAGGCAGUGCGGUGCGGCGCGGACUCUGCCUUUAAUCUGUGCCCGGAGCUGGAGUGGAGGGGCUGACGUCACUGUAUGAGGGCGCCUGGCGCUGAUUGGUUGGCAAUGACGGCAUGGUGCAUACUUCAGGCCAGCUCGCUGCUGCUGCUUAUGUUGCACCUUCCCCUCAGCUAUUCCUCAUGGGCAACUCGCACACAGACAAUCCGACAACAACAGCAACACCAGCUUGCGCCAGCCUGCACUGCUUUUUCAAAUAAUUCCCUUUUUUUUCUCUCUUGCAUUUCUUUCUCCCUUCAUUUCUUUGUAAAUUCUAGGAGCAUCUCCCAUUGAUCGCCCGAGCCGCAAUUGCAAGGCUUGUGCGUGGAAAAUUAAGAGGGGAGCUCCCGGAAGUAAAGAAGGAUGAAGCAGCUGAGAGCAGUGAGCAGGCUUGGCUGGCCUUUGGCACGGCAGUAAUACACCGACCAUCUUACCUCCUCGUGAAGACCCUCUCUCUUCGUUUGAUCUGGAGGUGGGGUGAGUGGGAGCUCUUGCUUCCCGAAGCUCUCGGCCAACGAUGGCAGGGGAGAAAGCCAGGCCCAAAGUGAUCGAUGCCCAGAAACUGGCCAACCUGCUGCAGAACGGCAUGGACAGCACCCUGGUGAUAGACAGCCGCUCGUUUGUGGAGUACAACGCUUCCCAUGUGCUGAACUCGGUCAACAUCUGCUGCUCGAAGCUGGUGAAGCGGCGGCUGCAGCAGGACAAGUUCUCCAUCACUGAGCUCAUUCAGCCUUCCUGCAAGAUGAAGGUUGACGUGGAGGGAACGCAGGAAGUGGUGCUUUACGACCAGUCCACGCGGGACACGAACAAGCUGACAGCCGACAGCUUCAUCUCCGUACUCCUGGGCAAGCUGGAGAGUUAUUUCCACCAUGUCUCUCUGCUGUCAGGGGGAUUUUCCGCGUUUUCAUCCUGUUUCCCGGGCUUGUGUGAGGGAAAGCCCACCUCACUCCUGCCGAUGAGCAUCUCUCAGCCGUGCUUACCCGUCGCCAACAUCGGUCCCACGCGAAUCCUUCCUCAUCUCUACUUGGGGUCGCAGAAAGACGUACUGAACAAGGAUCUCAUGGAACAGAAUGGAAUCACGUACGUUCUCAACGCCAGCAACUCGUGUCCCAAGCCGGACUUCAUCUCCGAGAGUCACUUCAUGCGCAUUCCAGUCAAUGACAACUACUGUGAGAAGCUUCUGCCCUGGUUGGACGAGUCUGUGGAUUUUAUAGACAAAGCGAAAGUCUCCAACUGCCGAGUGCUUGUUCACUGCUUGGCGGGAAUCUCGCGAUCCGCUACCGUUGCCAUUGCCUACAUUAUGAAGACCAUGGGGCUCACCUCAGACGAUGCUUACAGGUUCAUCAAGGACCGGCGGCCAUCCAUCUCUCCCAAUUUCAACUUCAUGGGGCAGCUGUUGGAGUACGAGAAGAGCAUGCGGCUUCUGAAGAUCCGCGCCCUGGGUCCGCAGAAGGCGCUGGCGGACCGGCCGGAGGAGGAUGUGGACAGGGAGGCCAGAGACGGCAGCAGAGGCGGCAGGGAGAGGACGUGCCCCGAGCUGGCGGGGCAAGGCGGGCAGAAGGAGACGGGCGAGGCGGAGGAAGGCGUGGGCAGGGGCGAGUGCAAGAACGCCUCGCACAUCGCCCUGCAGCAGAGCCUCAACGGCCUGCACCUCUCCACCGAGCGCAUCCAGGACACCAACCGCCUCAAGCGCUCCUUCUCCCUCGACAUCAAGUCUUCGUACUCGCCCAGCGCCACGCCCAGCCUGAGCAAGGCCGCCACCCCGAUGGAUUCUGACGACAUCCCCAAGCUGUGCAAGCUGGAGGUGAGUCUGGGCAGUCCUGGCCAGGAGCAGCACGUCCAGACUCCAGACAGCCCGCUGUCAGACGCCAGCUGCGAGUCCAAAGCCCGGCAGAGGCGCAAACCAAAGCACAAUGGCAGCCUGUCCGCCUCCUCCGGCUCCCCCGUGCAUCCCCUCAGCUUGAACUUAACCAGGACCUUCGUACCUUGCCCAGUGCACAAGGGUAACGGUGUGGAGGGGAACUUGAAGCAGGCUCUGCUGCUGAAUAUCCCCAGUGCCCAGCAGCAGCAGCAGCAGCAGCUGGGGACCGGCAGCAUCACCCGCUGGGGCAAGCACACGGAACUGGCGCAGCCGCCCGCCUCCGCCAACCCUCCCGUCAACGGCCCGUGGUACUUUGGCACGGAGGGGCAGCCCGGCCACAAGGGAGGAGGCAGCAACCUCUUCACCGGCACCGCCCCCACCCCCUACCCGUCCUUUGGCUGCACCGCGCCGCCGGCCGGCUGUGAGCAGUACGGCUCGGUCAGGCUGCGGGAGAAGCCGGGGGAGCCGCGGGACGCCAGGCGGAGCUGGCACGAGGAGGGCACCAUCGAGAAACAGUUCAAGAGGCGCAGCUGCCAGAUGGAGUUUGAGGACGGCAUGUCGGAGAGCAGGUCCCGGGAAGACCUGGGCAAAAUCGGCAAGCAGUCCAGCUUCUCGGGCAGCAUGGAAAUCAUCGAGGUGUCGUGACGGCAUUGGCAGGGCAGCUUCUACUGGGCGACACGGAGAAUCUGUGGUUAUUUAUGGUCUGACAGCAGACACCACUGCCGCUGCACUCUCUGUGUGUAAAAGCAGAGUGCAAGCGCAGGAGCCAUUUUCUCGCGCGAUGCAGAGAGUGGAUUGACACAUCACUUGAAAUUGGUCUUGAACGUUUUCAGAAAAGCUAAUUCAUUUCUCCACACACAUUCUGGCAAUGGUGAAAAAAAAAAAGAAGAAAAUGUGGGCAAACAGCCACCCGGUCGGUUUAACGAUGUACAGUGCGGUAUUUAAGUACUUCAAGCAAUACUCAAGAGAAAAGAAAGUCUGGUUUUAUCUUAUUAAUUAUAUAUUUUGUGUUGAUGUUUCCACAUCGUACUGUGGUCUGCACAGGACUGCUACCUGAGAAGGCCAUUUAUUGCACUUUGUCCUGCCUUGUGUGUGACUGAGCCAGUUGAAAUGCAGACUGCAGCACUUAAGGCUGGAAAAGUACCUUCUAUGAGAUAAUCUGUAUGAACUGAUUGCGAAUGGAUGCAGACGUUAAUAUAAUGUAAAUAGUGGUGUAUCUAUUAUUAUGGCUGAUUUAAAUGUUAUUAAAUAGUUUAAAGAUAUCCUGGCUGCUUGAUGCAAAUACCUCAGGUUUGAAUAAACAGAAAAAUUAAAAAAGCUUUUUCUUUUACCGCCCUCCCCAUCUUGUUUGUAAAACGUACACAAGCUUCAACCACAACACGGAAGGAAAAUCUUCUCAGGUUUUUUAAACUGAUUAGCCGGGGCAGAUCCCCGCGAUUUCCAGAAAGGGAGAGAGUCGCAUGCUCGAUCCCAUUGGGCAUCACGACUGCAUUCAUGCCAACCGGUGGCUGCACACACCCAUCGCAUUCGGUGCAAACAUGCAGCGACCUCAUUGCAUCACGCGCCACUAACCAUUAGACGGCCAAAGCGAGGAGCUCGUACCAGCAGGGGGUGCCCUUUCGGAAGCCGCGUGUUAGACUUGUCUACUCCUGCCAUACUGCUCGUCUCCUUUCCCCAUCCCUUGGCACGUGGGUGGGUAAAGUUUACUAUAAACAUGCAAAGAAACAAAUCCUCUCAUGUCUGGGCUAUCGGCCGGAGAAGCCGGUUCUGUCCGGGUAACUCACUUCAAGCUGAGCAAUGCUGGUCAGAUGCUUAAGGCCUGUGUUGCUCAAGGGCCAAGAGAGAAAUAUUCAUGAAAUAUUUUUAUCUGUCCCGCUGCCGAGAGAAAAGCAUCAUAGUUAUUUUUAUUGUUGAUUUGCUGAUUGGAAAAAAAUCAAUUGGCUUUCUCUUCAUUUUCAAAUUGCUCUGCAGGUGAGGGGGUGACCGAAGUGACCAUCAGCCCAGUUCAUUCCCAAGAUGUUUUCCCCAUAGACCUAUUCUUCCUGUAUUACCGCAGUGCAGCCAACACUGUGUUUUCCUAGACCUCUUCAGGGGCAGUUAAAAGUCAGUCACAUCGGUGUGGGACUGGAAGUUACACGGGUUAGAUUGGGCAACGAAGGGCAUGAGCCAAUCAAUUCAGUUUUGGUGGCAAUCAGAUUGAAUCGUGGUCCCUUAUCUUACAACAUUAUAAACUAACAAAUGUUUAAAAAACCGUGCAACCAACCAGGGUGAGAUUUGAAAUCUCAUUUUCUGAAAUCCCCUCAAGAUUUCUGCAUAUUUCUUGUUGUCAAAGGCCUUUCCUUUAGUGUUUCCUUUGUGCCCUUUGAUUGUUCUUCCUUGUGCCCAAUGCCCCUCUAUUGCCCAUUGACCCUCUAUUUUCCAUUACUACACCAUUCUCCUUUGCCCCUCCUUUGUCCAUUGCCCCUCUGUGGCCCAUUGCUCCUCUACUUCUCAUUGCUCUGCAAAAUCCUCCAAAGAUGUUCAUGUAGGAUCCCAUGGAUCUAGUUUAGUGUAGAGAUACCAUGCAAAAACAGGCCCGUGGGCCCAAUCAGUCCGCACUGACCAGCGAUCUCCGCACAUUUACACUGCCCUACACACACUAGGGACAAUAUUACAUUUAUACCAAGCCAAUUAACCCUACAAACCUGUAUGCCUUUGGAGUGUGGGAGGACACCGAAGAUCUCAGAGAAAACCCACGCAGGUCACGGGGCGAACGUACAAACUCCAUACGGACAAACACCCGUAGUCAGGAUCGAACCUGGGACUGGCGCUGUAAUGCAGUAGCUACCGCUGCUCCACCAUGCCACGCUUGAUUUGCUGAAUAUUUGAACAUUAGGAACAUGAUCGUAACCUUGGCACGAUGAGGAUGGAUUGUAGACCUUCCCUUUCUUUGAUCAGUACAGUCUGAUGGUAAUUGUUGCCAGUAUUGCUUUCCCUGUCAUCCCACUGAGCAGCUGUGAUCUGACAUGACCAAUUUUACCGCAAUGCCAUCCAACCCCAUCGUGUGGAAAUCCACACUUCUGGGAUCUGAGCCCAGCCUCUGCUUCCCUGGAUGUUCCCAGCCCUCACGCUAGUCAGUGAACGCUGUUCGGAUUCAUUGGGAAAACAUCCAAGCUCUGAGAAUGAUGGAAAUACUCAGCAGGUCAGGCAGCAUGUGUGGGGAGAGAGUAAAGGUCAAUGAUACAGGUCGAUGGUCUUACAUUGGAUGUGUUGUAAUGAAAGACUCUUGACCUGAAUCACUAACUCUGUUUCUCUCUCCACAGACACAGAGUGUCUCCAGCAUGUUCGGUUUUUAUUUCAGAUUUACAGCAUCUGCAGUUUUCUAUUUAGCGAUCAUCAGGAAACCAGAUGGAUUUUAGUUGCAGCAAGUUAGUAUCUGACUGAUGUGUUGUUUGGGCCAUUUACCUCCAAGCUUCAGUACGAGGAGACAACAUAGUACCACCAUACCCCGGUCAACACAGGGCACACUUAGCUCGAGCUGCACCAGUUACAGCUGUAAAAGGAGUUUGGGGUUGUGGGCAGAGGGGGUGAAACUCAAUCCGAGACAGCCCUACGUGCUUCCUGCUGGCAAGCUGAUGAAACACUGAGUAGAAAUUUCCAGGCAUCCGGGCAAGGAAGAUGUGGGGAUUUAUAACAAUUAAACAUGAUGAAAGAAAUGACACCCAUCUCAUUGAGCUCAUUCAUCCCUGCAAGAGCCAAUACGCCACCAACAAUUAAUACUGACAUUUACACCUUAUAAUGGUUAGACGAUGGCUCUGUGGUAGAGCUUGCUGCUUUGCAGAUGAACCAGAUAUCUAGUAGUGUUAGUCACAACUCUUCAAUCCCACUAUCUUCCAUGCUGUUAAACCAGGGUAUGCUGGAAAUAAACACACAGCAUAGUAGAGCUGCUACCUCAUAGUGUUAGUGACCUAGGCUCAAUCCGGAUCUUGGGUGCUGUCUGUGUGGAGUUUGCACGUUUUCCAUGUGACCAUGUGUACUCCAGUUUCCUCCUGCUUCCCAAAAACAUGCACGUAGGUAGGUUAAUCAGUCACUGUAAAUUGCUUCUAGUGUGUCGAGUCAGUGGGAGGUGGAUGAGAAUGUGGAACGGUUCACAUGGGGCUCAUGUUGGAUUUGUGUGGAUAGAUGCUUGUAGGCAGAUGUGGACUCAUUGGGGCAAAGGGCUUGUUUCCAUGCUGAGUGACUAUCUCACUUUGGGCAGCACAGUGGCGUAGUGCCAGAGAUCUAGGUUUGAUCCUGACUGGAUGCUGUCUGUACAGAGUUUGCACAUUCUCCCUAUGAUCGCUUGAGAUUCCUCUGGGUGCUCCAGUUUCCUAGCACAUUCCCAAGACGUGCGGGUUUAUAGGUUAAUUGGCUUCUGUAAAUUGUACCUAGAGUGUAGGAUAGAACUAGUGUAUGGGGUGAUUAUUGCUUGGCACAGACUCGGUGGGCAGAAGGGCCUCUUUCCAUGCUGAGCUCAACUAUGACCUUAUGAGGGGCCGUCAUGUUUCCUGGUUCUGUUCAUAAACAGCAACACACUGUAUUCUAUCCUCCUGUAGACUGGACAUUACAAAGAUAUCCUUUGUUGAAAAUAAUGGCACCAAGCAAACUGAUGCUGCUCCACCUUUUAUCGUGGAUGUUCAGGGCUCGGAGCUCCACCACAACUGGAGGAGGCCAUUGCCCCCAUCAAGUUUAUUACCCUGAAGUAAACCUUCAUUUCUACCAAAGAGUUUCAUGUUGUUUGUGAGGUGUUGGUAUUUCAGGACACUUGUGUAACCGGCAUUCUGAGUGAGCCAGGCCAAAAAACAUCCUCUGAUUCUUAGAUUAGGAUGGCUCUUUAGGUAGAGAAUGUGCUUAGUAAAAGCAUACUCCUUCAGUGGGAGCCCAGAUUUGGAGUCGGGAUGGGAAACUGACUGGGAUCCGGGAGGACUGGUGGUAGCUUCUGACUCUGGUACCUUCUGACUGCAGUCAACAAUUGAUGGAGGGCUUGCAGCAGAAGGGACUCCCAAAUAGUUGCUGCAAGAAGGGGCUUAAAAUUCUCUGGUGCCCUCGGUGGUAGGGAAAUAGCCAUGAUCACCCACAAUCUAGCUAUACUGUAGAUCAGAUUCAUGGGCUGGUUUUGGGAUAAGAGAAUAUAGUGAAAAUGCCAUUGUGUAUCUGCUAUCUUUAUUUUCAUUGGAAAAUCUCAAUGCAAAGUGGGAAUAGUGAUACAUGUAAACGUUCUCUCAGUUUUGGACUUUGGAAAUGAACUCUUUCUGGUCAAAUCAGAGCAUCCCCCCCUGUUUUCUCAAAGUAAUAAUUACUUAUCUGGCAGACAGACCUUAACAAGUCCUUAUCUUCAUUGAAGAAGAAUGAUUGCGCAAAUGUCAAAAUGCCUCACAUUUGAAAAGGUUAUGAGAGAAUAGCUUCAAUCAAUUGUUGAGUGGUUAUAAAUUAACAUUCUUAAUAAAAGUAUAAAAGAAAAACCUAAAAGAGGGUUUUUAUUUAAUGGUCCACUGUGGUUUUUGCCAGAAUUUACAGGAAAUAGGAAGGGAAACUUUGAUCUUGAUUGGGAUGUUACUCCUAUAACUGCAGCUUUAUUGCCAAUCCAGGAAACGUACUGUUUUCUUCGAAAUAAUCCUGAUUGUAUCUUUCGUCUUGGAAUUUAUUUAUUUAUCCUCUGGCCUGUUUAAGGGAAACUGUUUUCUAAUUUAAACCUCCCAUUUUGUCAGCGUUGUAAAGUGGACCAUUCAGUCGAAUGUAGAGCCACUUCUGAACGCUCUGUGGGAUUCCUUGCCCUCUGCACCCGGCCUCUCUCAUGUUUAUGGCACGAGUCACACCAGCUGACCAGCUUGCUUUCUGGAACGGAGUUGCUUUGAGCGAGCGCUGAAGUUUGUUGGGGUAGGGAAGCCAUCUUUGGUUUGAAGCCUUAUCCUCAACUACAACCAUCCACCUCCACUUGUUUAUCAGCUCCCGAAACACAUGCCAAGGGCAAUUUCACAGCUACUAUCCUCUCCUGUCCACCGUCCAUAACUAGCUUAUAUUUACGUGCACCGAUUUCCUUUCAUUAUAAGCUAUAAACAGAGAUACAAAUCAGAAAUAUAAAUCGUGUAGAUUAAAUAUUUAUUAUAAUGACAUUUGAUGCUUUUCCUUUGUUUGUUCCAAUUUUGUUUCUGACCUUAGUUGAACCCAGGCUAUUUAUUAUAUUCCUUAUUUUGGUCUGUUUGUUGUGUACUGUAGCCUUUAUCUUGUGUGAUUGAUGCAUCAUUUUUGCUGGUCUUUUACAUUGUGAAGUAUUUGAUAUUGUUACCAAGUGUAAUGAAGAGACUUCAUUUUCUGUUACUAGCCCUAUUUAUUAAAUGCUGUAUUAUGGUGCUUUUUUGUAAUUGGACAGUGGUGUAAUAAAUAAAUGGAUAGACAUUUUAA